AUGGCGAGCCCAACGAGUACAAACUCGCGGGUGGCCGACGCGGUUGUGGGAUUCCCGAGGCGGACGGAGUCGUGGCGGGUGGAGGAGGGUAAGGAGGCCUGGUGCGCAGGCGCCUGGGAGAUGGGAUGCGGAGGCACCGUGGGCCGAACGGGCCAAGCGGGCCAGGACCGCUUUUCACUGGCGCCCUUCUUCUCUUUUUCCCUUUCCUUUCCUCCUCCCCCCCAAGGCUCACCACUUCCUUUCCCACCUUUUGUUUUUUUCCCCCGUCGUUUCACCCACGACUCGCAGGCUGCGCGUUUUCUCACCAACCCGCGACCACAACCACGAACCAUCGAUACCGUCAUUUAUACAGCCAUCUCCGACACGUCAUCUGCGAGCCGCACCGCGUCCCCCGCGAGUCUCGCGUGUAAGUGCACCCGCCGACCCGUCCUCCCCCUGCCCGACACCCACGACCGCGCCUCCGCUCGCUCCGGCCGCGACCACAACACACCCGCCAGACCGCCACAACGCGUUUCCUUUGCCCAGCAAAUGGUCCUCGAGGUUCUCUUCAAGCGUAAACCGGUGCAGUUUCUGGCCCCCAAGGACGUCAAGGAUGAUAAUUCAGAGGUCUGGCAUAUCCCACAGACCGGCGAGGUCUUUGCCCAAUAUGAGGAUUAUCUUACCAGAAUGGAUUUCUACAAACAGCGGCGCUUCAUCUGCCAGAUCACAGGACACUCCGGCCUGACUUUUUUCGAAGCACUCAAGAGCGAACUCGCCGGUGCCGAGGAGGUGGAACAAGCGUUUCCCGAAGCUCUCAAGGGCCCCGUCCUGCGUCGCGUCCAAUUCCAAACGGUGUCCCGAAUCGAUGCGCUUGUCGACUUGGUGUUUGACGAGUUUAGAGCCGACUACUACCCGGGCGAGGCCGUGACCGUCAGCACGGCGGAGAGCGAGAGAUUGCAGGGCGUCGUGCGAGAAAAGACCCGGUUCGGCGGCAAGAUUUUGCCAGACGGCACCCAGACCGCCCCCUACACACGCUAUACGGUCAGCUUGGAGGAACGCCCCGGGAUCGAGGCCGUGGUCGACGAUGACCAUAUUUUCCGCGAUCGCAAAAUAUUUACAAAGUCGGUUCUGCGCUCCUUCAUCAAGAAGACGGUGACGCGUGAGGCAUGGAACGGAGCGCCGUGGCUCGUGAAGCACGAUGUGGCGGCACAGUACCACAUCGAUUCCCGGGUCCCGCCUCACCUACGCUACGAUACCAAGUUGAUGGAGAGGAAGCAGCUGCAGGCCCAGAAGCGCGCCAGCCAGACUCCGACGCAGGACGGCAACGGCACCAACGGCGUCAACGGCGCCAUCCAGAACGGCCCUGCGCGGCUACCCGAGCUGAAGCCCGCAUUCAAGGGCCAAAAGGGCAAGCAUCAAUCGCCAGAGUUCCCUCAAGGCCAGAAUGGCUCGCCAAACAUGGCCUCCGAGGCCGGCAUCUUCCACGCCCCGCCGCACAAGAACCCCUUCCAGCUGCCGCUCAACUUCCGGAAUCAACCGCUACCGCACUCCAUGACUGCGCCCGAGCCACCGCCGCCGCCGCCACCGCCAAAGUACCCCAUUGAGGAUCUCCAGGUGCCUCUGAGAGAGGGCGUCGUUAGACCCGCCUUGGCGUUCCUCUGCAACGACCCCCCGACUGCCUCCGAUGUGGCCGUGAAUGGUAACGCCAGCAUACGCGACAAGCUGUCGAUGAAGUCGAUUGGCUCGUUUUUGGAGACGUGGGACACCCUGAAUGUGUACUGCGAAAUUUUCAAGCUCGACUCGUUUACGUUUGACGACUUUGUGGAGGCCAUGUCUGUAGCAUCAGAGGAGACCAAGGUCCAGCUGUUUGAGGAAAUCCACUGUGCGGUGCUCAAGCAGAUUGUGAGUGCCGAGGCAGACGGCGGCAAGGUAAACGUCCAGCUGCCCGAGCUAGAGGACGAAGAGGAGGACUCUGAGGAAGACGAGGAUGAGGAGGAGACCAAGGAGCCAACCCCGGAAACCGAUCGGCCGCCUGCAAGAGCCACACGAAGCAGUCUCGCCAAAGCCGAGGCCGAGAGGCUGCUGGCCGAGGCGAGGGCAGCGGAAAAGGAAAGCCAGAAUGUGGAGCCCGAGAUCAAGCACCGCGCCGAGGACCUCCUUGAAGAGUACGACUGGAUUGAGGAGCUCAGGAAACGCAAGUUCCAAAACGGCGGCUGGGAGAGAAUCGUCGUCGGUCUGCUGCACCAGCUCUCCAAAAAUGAGAGGAUGGAGGAGCAGUGCGAGGAUUUGCUCGCCCAGCUGUGUCCCCCCGACGAGGACCCCACCCAAGAGACGGUGCAGGAGCACUAUGCUCGACUCGACGUCAACUACCGUGUGCAGGCGCUGCAGAUCAUCUGCAUGCUCACAACGCAGACCAAGGCGAUGCGUACCUACAUGGAAGAAUGCAGCGAGCAAAUGACGGCUUUUCGCAAGGAAAAAAUUGACUGGCAACGGCAGAGGAAGCAGGCCAUCGAGGAACUGCGUGCUCUCAACGACCAGCGCAAGAUAAUGCUCCCCGACAACAUGCCGCCGUCGCCGCCUCCCGAGCCAAAGGCAGACGAGGAUGUCAAGAUGACGGACGCGGACGAGUCGGCAGCUGACGCCGCCGACGCCGAGGACGAAGUGGCCGACUCUGACGAGGAGGGAGCACCCCGCAGGAACUUCCGCCGUGCCAACGACCGCGCCGCGGAGAGGCAACGCAAGCGUAAGGAGGAGCUCGAGCGGAAAGAAAAGGCUGCCGAAGCCGCAAAGGCACCCAAGCAGUCGAAGCAGUUCCUUAAGGUCCUCAAGGAUAUCCAGAAGAAGGAGGACUUUAUCAAAAAGUGCGAAGACGAGAUCGCCGUGAUCGACAACGACCUCCGCGAAGCCGACUGUGGCCGGACCCGUGUUUUGGGUAAGGACCGAUUCUGGAACCGGUACUACUGGUUCGAACGCAACGGCAUGCCGUACGGGGGGCUCCCGGAUAGCUCAACCGCUGCCGCCGAGUACGCCAACGGUUGCAUAUGGGUGCAAGGCCCUGACGAGCUGGAGCGCCAAGGGUACAUUGACACCGACCCCGAGUACCAGGCCGAGUACCAAACCAAGUUUUCCAUGACGGUGCCGGAGCGGAAGAAGUUGGAAGAGGGCCCCACCAGCGUCUUCAACGCCCAUCAGUGGGGCUACUAUAGCGAGCCGGAGCAGGUCGAUGAGCUCCUCAAGUGGCUGGAUCCGCGGGGCUUCAACGAGUUGCGACUUCGGAAAGAGAUCGUGGCGUUCCGGGACAAGAUUGUUCAGCACAUGGAGAACCGCAAGACGUACCUCGCCGCCGCGGAGCCCGAGGAGCAGCAACAGCAGGAGGAGGAGAAGAAGGAAAAGGAAGAGAAGGAGAAGAAGGGCAAGAGGCGCGACUCGAAGCGCAUGAGCACCAGAGGCCGCCAGCACGAGCCGACGCCCGAACCCACAAACUACCGCUGUCUCGCGUGGGAGAAUUCCACGGCCAUGGAGGAGCUCGGCCAUCUCCACUCGGAGCCGCCUCCGCCUCCGAGACCAAAGAAGCAGACGGCCAAGAAGCGACAGGCCGUGGAGCCGUCGCCCGAACCCGCGCCCGCUCCCAAGACGAGACGGCGUAAAUAG